GACUGGGUGUGCACACGCGUGUAACCCCAUGCACACCUGCCGCACACCUGUGCACACCCAUGUGCGUGUACAUGCAUGUGUGCACACACUCACGCACAUCCACUCUGACACACACAGAGUGUGUGAGGCGUUACCCGAGGCACCCCGCUUUGCGCACACGCCCUCAUGUGCGCUCACCUUUGCCCCCAGGCUGCACCCUCCCAAGCGGGGCCUCUGCGAGGAGCAGCGAGUAGGAUGACGGCGGUGGGGGCCUGGCUCCUCUGCCUGCUGCUGCUGGGCCUGGCCCUGCAGGGGGCUGCCAGCAGAGCCCACCAGCACUCCAUGGAGAUCCGCACCCCUGACAUCAACCCUGCCUGGUACGCGGGCCGCGGGAUCCGGCCUGUGGGCCGCUUUGGCCGGCGGAGAGCUGCCCCGGGGGACAGACCCAGGCCUGGCUCCCGGCGCGUGCCGGCCUGCUUCCCCCUGGAAGGCGGCGCUGAGCCCUCCCGAGCCCUCCUGGGGCGGCUGAUGGCCCAGCUGGUCCAGGAGUAACAGCGGGAGCCUGCCCCCCACCCCUCCUCCUCCACCAGCCACCUUCCCUCCAGUCCUAAUAAAAGCAGCUGUCUUGUUCACAUGUGUCUGCAUGGCGACAGAGCACGCGGUGCUCUCCCUCACAGGAUGUUAGCCUGGAAGGACCCUCAGAGCCCAGCAGCCCAGAGGCUCCAGGACUCGCCCAAGGGCACCUGGCACUGAGCAGGGGGCUGGGGCGGCCUUGGCCACCUGCAGCCCAUGACAACCUCCAAGCCGCCCUGACCAGUUGCUCAGGCUGUGCACUGCAUGAGGCCGCUGUGCAGAGGCCCCAGGGAGGGCAUCACGGCCCCUCGGCCUCACCUGCCCCGCUCUCUGCUGCAGUUCUUUUUGCCUCCCUGUUGGUACUUGUGGAAGAGAAAGAAACAGGGGUGCUUGUCUCCAGUACUCUUGGAUUCGAGUAUUUCAGCCCCACCUGUGUCCCUUUCAAAUCGCACGGGGAUGCCCCUGCGUCCUGUUUCAGGCGGAGCUCGCUUUGGUGUCGGGGGCACACAGCCACUGAUGGGACAACUGAGCUCCAUCCCCACCUCCUGGGGGCCCCGGUUCCCACACGAAUCUGGGCCUGUGAACACCCUCCUCAGUCCUGAGCUUGGGUGGCGCGGCCCCUGUGUACCUGCCAACAGGUGUGCAUGCUCUGUGAGCAUAAACCCCCUUCCCCAAGGUGUGCCCACCCCUCCAGCGCUGGGGCCAGGAGCGGGCGGGCAGGUUUAACCAGUUGCUUCUGAACCCAGAGCUCAGGCCCGUCAGGCCUCUGCCUGCACCCUGCCUGCAGGAUCUCAGGAACCCCCAGGCCUCGGGACUCCUUCCAUCCACACUCAGCAGGGGCAGGGACACAGAGCCAGCCUGCAGGACCCCGGCCCGGCUGCCCUGCCCAGAUAGAGGAAGGCAGGGGUCCACGCUCACUGGCCAGCUGGAGGAGGCUAAACUGGCCCAGACCGCCCGGAUUGGGCUGGGUCAGGGCUGCCCCCUCCCCAGCCCCAGGGAGGCUGGAGGGAGGGCAGGGGCCAGUCCCCCCCCAAGGAGAGAGCUCCUGCUCGGUCAGCACUGCCCCAGGCUGGACGCGCACGUAGGAACAGGAGUGCGGCCAGUCCCCUCCCAGGGCAGGCAGGUGCUGGGCCCGGCCCAGAAGCAUGGAGGACCAAGGAAAGCAGUUCAACCCUAAGUGACCACAUGGCCCCCUCCCACCCGUGGGGACACUCCCCAGGAGCUGAGAACCGCUGUUCAAACACUUAUAUAGGACAGUUCCCAGCAGCACAACGGCCAAAAAAGGUAGAAACAACCCCAACCCCCAUCAACAGAUAAAUGGAUACCAAAACGCGGUCUACGCACACGUACCACGGCUUAUUACUCAGCCACGGAAAGGAGUGACGCUCUGCCUGAUGCUGCCACAUGGGGGAAUCGUGAACACAGGACGCAGCACGGCAGAAGCCGGGCACCAAAGGCCCCUCGCUCAUGAUUCCAUUUACAAAGGUCCGGGGAGGCAAGUCCACAGGCAGAAAGUGGUCUGGUGGCUGCCGGGGGCUGCUCCAUGGAUGCAGGGCUUCCUUUAGGGGUUGAAAGUGUCUGGGAACUUGGCCAAGGUGGUAACCAGGCUAAACGCCACUCAGCUGCGCACUUUAAAUAGAAGCACUCACAGCCCCAUGUGCUGCAGACAUGGAAACAUCAGUGUGGCAAAGGGCUCCGGAUUCCAGCCACACAGUACCUGGUACCCAGUCAGGGCAGCCCCUGGAACACAUCUUCUGGGCCCAGAGAGUCGGGGAGAUGGGAUAUUUUAUGUAUUCUCCAAACUCCUACUAUGGAAGUUUUAAACACACAAGAAAGUUCAAAAAUAUUAUGAUGAUAACUUAUAUCCUCCACUUAAUUUUUUUUUUUUUUUUUUUUUUUGGCUUCAAGGCAUGUGGGCUUUUAGUUCCCUGACCGGGAAUCGAACUGGCUCAUUGAAAGCACAGAGUCUUAACCACUGGACUCCCAGGGAAGUCCCUACCCUCCAUUUAUAAUAGCUGGAGUCUGAGAAAAUGUAACAAGCCCUUAGAAGUGAAAGUGAAAGUGGCUCAGUUGUAUCCAACUCCUUGUGACCCCAUGGACUAUACAGCCCAUGGGAUUCUCCAGGCCAGAAUACUGGGGCCUUUCCCUUC